CCCUCCUGCCUGUCGUCCUUGACAGGCAGUAGGAAACUAAGAUGGCGGCCGCCGUGGUUCGCAGUCUGGGCUCCAGUCUCGGCAAAAACCUCCGUGAGAUCCGCGUCCACCUCUGCCAGACGUCCGCGGCCAGCGGGGGCGCGAGAGACUUUGUGGAGCAGCACUACGUUGCUCUGAAACAGUCCAACCCAGACUUUCCAAUCCUGAUCCGAGAAUGUUCUGGAGUCCAGGCUCGACUCUGGGCCAGACAUGAGUUUGGAAAAGAGAGCAGUGUCUCCGUGGACAACAUGUCGGCUGAUCAGGUGGCUCAUGCUCUGCACGCUCUGGUUCAGACCAGACCUUAGCCCCCCCAUCCCCUGCUUGAAGUGGUUCGGUCCAGACAAGCUCCUCCUCUGUUUAGUUUUUUCUGUAAAUGUGAAUAAAUAUGAAUAAAUAUGACACUUUCA